GCCGUCUCGAAUUCUAUUAAACCUUGAAUUUGAAUCUCCCUUUAUCCUCAAUUAGUGGCGUUUUCGAUUUCUAAUGAUUUCAUUCAUUGCUGAUGAAAUCUAUAGUAGCUGCAGCUAUUCAAACUCUAGAUCUUUGUUCAUCAAAACCUACUAAAAGACGAGCACCGGUAACAGAAGUUCUCGUGAAUUGUACAGAUAUGAUCUAUGUCAUUUCAAGUUUCCAUAAACAGAAAGAAUCGGCAAGAACUACUACUCCAAUGACAAGAGUGGUUCUUGAACUUUAUAUGACAUCAUCAACGGGAGUUCUUCACAAAACAAGCUUAUCCUAUAACUAUCAAACUUUGAACAUGUGAUUUGUGUGGAUUAUUUUGAAUAUGCUAAAAUCAGAAAUCUUGGCUUCUUGGUUCUUUUUAACAAAGGGAUAUGAUUGUACUAUAAUCCUCGGGCAGCACCAAUGCAUAUCUGGAUAUGUUGUGCUCAUUUGAGACGGGUGCAUGCAAAAAUAUGUGUUGCACCCGUGUCACAUGCGCUCAACGUAUCAAGAUGUGCAUCUGGGCUGCCCGUGGAUUAUAAUACCUUCUUAACCCCUUGUUGGAUGAAGAAUUGUGAAGCCAAGGUUUCGGGUUUUGGCAUUUCCAAAAUAAUCCCCGACUUGUAUAGGUUAGGUGUCCCUAUUUACCUCGUGUCCUCUUAUUGUAUUAAAUACUUUCAAAUUGAAACCAAUAAAACAUAUGCUUUAUCUUGUUUGUUUACUGCACAAUUGAAUACAAAAUCUUGG